AUGCUUUCACUGCAACCAAUUUCAAUUCUAAGCGCUGGUGCUGAUGAAGAAAGGCAGAAACCGCCCGACUUACUACUUUGGUCAAUCGGGGUAGAUAAUCCUGCAGCUAAGAUCCUUGUUGAAAUGAGUAAAGUUCAAGAUGAUGAGGUUGGUGAUGGUACAACUUCAGUAACUGUUCUGGCCGCAGAAUUAUUGCGUGAAGGUGAACAACUAAUUGCUGCUAAGCUUCAUCCUCAAACUAUUGUACAAGGUUGGCGUGAGGCUACUAAACUGGCCUUAGCGGCUCUUGAUUCGGCUGCACAUCAGUUAUCAAACCAGUCAGAUGCUGAAUUCCGUAACCGUCUGUUAAGUAUUGCACGAACACUUUGCAAAUUUAGCGUAGAUGCUGUUCUUCGUCUCAAAGGUAGUGGAAAUCUUGAUGCUAUUCAAAUUAUUCAGAAGCUGGGUGGAACCAUGACUGAUUCUUAUUUGGAUGAAGGCUUUCUCCUGGAUAAACGACCUGGUGUAAACCAACCUAAAAGAGUGGAAAACGCCAAAAUACUGAUCGCCAACACUCCUAUGGAUGCAGAUAAAAUUAAAGUAUUUGGAAGCAAGAUCCAAGUAGAUGCUAUUUCAAAGGUGGCUGAAUUAGAACUAGCCGAAAAGCAAAAAAUGAAAGACAAAGUCGACAAAAUUUUAAAGCAUAACUGUUCAGUAUUUAUUAAUAGGCAGUUAAUAUAUAACUACCCCGAGCAGUUGUUUGCUGAUGCUGGUAUUAUGGCAAUUGAGCAUGCAGAUUUCGAAGGUGUGGAAAGGUUGGCUCUAGUUACUGGUGGAGAAAUCGUUUCCACAUUCGACUCUCCGGAGACUACAAAAUUAGGACAUUGUGAUUUGAUAGAAGAAGUUACAAUUGGUGAAGACAAGUUACUUCGAUUCAGCGGUGUUGCUAUGGGUGAGGCUUGCACGAUUGUCUUGAGGGGUGCUACAAAAAGUAUCCUGGCAGAAGCAGAACGCUCUCUUCAUGACUCUUUAUGUGUUUUGGCUCUCACAGUAAAAAAUCCCCGGACAGUUUGUGGUGGUGGAGCUAUGGAGAUGUGGAUGGCUGAAGCAGUAGCACAGGGUGCUGCUAAAACACCAGGAAAAAUAUCUUUAGCUAUGGAGUCCUUCGGUCGAGCUUUGAGACGCUUGCCUUCUAUAAUAGCAGAUAAUGGUGGUUAUGAUAGCGCAGACUUGAUCUCUCAGUUACGUGCUUCUCAUGCAAAUGGUGAAAAAUCCAUGGGUUUGGAUAUGAACAAUGGAGUAAUUGCCGAUAUGAAUGAACUCGGGAUUAUUGAAUCGUAUGACGUAAAGCAUCAUUUGGUGACAUCAGCUGCAGAAGCUGCGGAAAUGAUAAUACGUGUAGAUGACAUCAUUAAAGCUGCUCCUCGUCGUCGAGCUCCUCGAAGGCAUUAA